UCCGCCAUCAACUAGCCAUUUAGCCUCCAAGCCCACUUGCCUCGGCUGUAGCUUUUCCUCGUCAGUAACAAAAAACAGGAAAUGGAGUUCUCUGGGUAUCAGCAAACUUCUUCUCCUUGGCAAUAUCUCUUAGCUUCUCCUUCACUCGUUGCCUACCACCAUUUCAACCCAGAAAACUAUGUUCACUGGACUCAAACCCCUGACUCUCAUAUUUACUCUGCUGAUCUUCCCGGUGUGAGGAAAGAAGAGAUAAGGGUGGAGGUGGAGGAGACAAGGUACCUAACAAUCAGAACAGAAGCCAUUGACGAAACAACAAAGCCUGCAAGAAGCUUCAUGAGGAAGUUCAGGCUUCCGGGUAUGGUGGAUGUUAAUAGAAUAUCAGCUGGGUACGAAGAUGGUGUGUUGACUGUUACAGUUCCGAGAGCUUUUACGAGUAGGAGAGGGCUUCUUGUUGACCUCGAUAGUAUUCCUGAGAGUCUUGAGGUUACUGCAAGAGCUGCUUGAAUUUUAAAUAUUUGUUUUAAUUUGAAAAAAAAAAAAAUUUGAUUGGUUGCUAAGAAAAUAUGUGAUUGAAUCUUGUUCUGGAAUAUUCAG